AUGGCAUCCGACGAAAAGAACCUAGACUACCAUGAGAAACAGGCCUCGCCAGCUACUUCUCAGGCGGAGCCUAUAUCGGGUCACGUGUCCAAGAGAAGAGGAUUCCCUGGUUUCAGUCUCGAGGUUCGACAGGAGGCCAGCACUUUUGCAAGAUCGAAGAACGCUUCCAAUGCCGAUUUCGAUCCCAUUCCCCCGUCGAAGCGGACGUGGAACUGGGGCGCCUAUGUUGCCUACUGGAUGGCGGAUGCAUGGGCGGUUUCCAAUUGGGAAGUUGCAUCUUCGAUGAUCGCCGUCGGUCUUGACUGGAAAAUGGCCAUCGGCGCUUGCGUGCUCGGCAACGCUAUCAUGGGUCUUGUUAUCACCAUCAACGGGAGGAUGGGAGCCAUCCUUCACACCCCCUUCCCUGUACUCGCACGCAUGCCGUUCGGCUACUACUUUGCACAAUUUGUGGUUUUGUCCCGCUGCGUCUUGGCCAUCGUAUGGCUUGGUGUUCAGACAGUGACAGGCGGCCAAUGCAUGUCCGUAUUACUCGAGGCUACAUGGCCCAGUUUUGCCAACAUUCCAAACCACAUCCCAGAAGACCAGGGCAUUACCACGGCUGGCAUGAUUGGAUUUUUGCUUUACUUUCUACUCCAACUUCCCUUCCUGUGCAUCCCAUACACCAAGGUCCAAUACUUCUUUGCGUUUAAGAGUAUCAUCGCUCCGAUGGUCUUCCUAGCCGUAUUCGGAGACACCCUGCGCAGGGCCGGUGGUACCAUCAGCAAGAGCACGGUCAUCACUGAGGGCACCCACGUCCACGGCUCAGUCCUGGCCUGGGCAUUUUUCGGAAAUCUCAAUGGAGUGCUGGGCAACUAUGCAACUUUGGGCCUCAACAUUGCCGAUUUCUCAAGAUAUGCCAACAAGCCCAGCGCGCAAAACAUUCAAGCCAUCGUCAUCCCAUGCAUCUUCACCAUCGUCGGCCUGCUGGGCAUCUUCACCGCCGCCUCCGCGCAAACAGCCUACGGCGAGGUAAUGUGGAACCCCAUCGAGAUCAUCCACAAGUGGAUGGACUCCGGGUCGCACGGCGGGCGCGCCGCCGCCGCCUUCGCCGCCAUUGGUCUCAUCAUCGUCACGCUCGGCAUCAACAUCUCCGCAAACUCCAUCAGCGCGGCCAACGACCUCAUGUCCUUUGCGCCAAAAUACAUCAACAUCCGCCGCGGGCAGCUGCUCGCGGCCGUCAUUGGCUCCUGGGCUUUCGUUCCGUGGAAAAUCCUCGCGUCGGCCGCAAAGUUCCUUGCGUUCUUGGGUGGCUACACCAUCUUCUUGGGCCCGAUGACUUCGAUUCUGAUAGUCGACUACUACAUCGUCAGGCGCGGGAACGUGUCUGUCCCCGACAUGUACUACUUCCACGGCAUCUACCGCUACUCGCCCAAGUUUGCUAGCAACUGGCGCGCAGUCGUUGCCUUUUUCAUCGGCUGCAUCCCGCCCCUCCCGGGUUUUGUCAACAACAUCGUCGUUGCAGGCCAUGGCACGACUAGCGUGUCGUUGGGCGGUCAACACCUAUUCGCCAUUGGCUACAUCUACUCCUUCAUGGCCGCCGGCAUCUUCUACUGGGGUUUCAACCGCUUCUUUCCGCAUCGGGAGUCGGUGAUGGAUCACCCCGAAACAGGCGAGGACAUCAUCGCAGCUCAAGACGCCAAGAAUGUGCAAGAGCGUCGUGGCAGUUGGUCUGAACACAAGCCAAACAUCGUUUCCAGGAUGUUUACCGUCUAG